AUGGCCAUUCGCCGGCUUCAAAAGGAGCUGCGCGCCUGCCUCGCUGCCGCUGAUGAUGGUCUGCACGUGGCGCCUCGGGAAGAUAACCUGUUAGAAUGGCACUUUUGCUUUGCAGGCGAAACGGGCACUUGCUACGAGGGUGGCCUCUACUGGGGUCGCCUUGUCUUCCCGCCUCGCUACCCCGCCCAGGCGCCUGACAUCUUCAUCCUCACACCCAAUGGUGCGCUGCCACGCUCUUGUACUCGAGCCUUCGCACACCCUGGCAGGCCCGGUGCCGUCUCACCUCGCUCGCUUCUUUUGUCUGCACCCUCAGGCCGCUUUGAGACCAGCAAAGCCCUCUGUCUACAGGGUACCACGGGAUACCACAACGAAACAUGGUCCCCCGCAACUACCGUUCUUUCCUUGCUGCUGUCGUUGCGAGUCGCCAUGACAGACGACGGCGUUGGUGGUAUCGGCUCCCUGCGUGCUUCUCGAUCUGAGCGUUCCGCCUUGGCCCUUUCCUCGACUAGCUACAACGCCCGCCACCCAGACUUUCAGAGCAGCUUUCCCAGCCUUUGCCCACCCAGCAGCUCUCCGAGCAGUUCUCUUUUACCCGUCUCCCCGCACACUUCAGGGAGUCAAGAUGCGUCUGACGACGCAGCCCCCUGUGCGAAAGAGGGUGGAUUGGCCGGUGCUGCCCCAGGUGGUCCUUCAUGUGAGCUGCCCGCCCGCGACCCAGCGCCUGGCGUGUUAACCCCAGUUUCAAAUUUCGCGCCUGCUGCCGCUCGCGAGUCAUUGCUUGUUGAAAAGUUUCGCGAUGGCAUCCACUUUUUUACCACUCGGACACUCUCUCCUCUUGAGGCGCAACUUCACAGCGCCGCCACCAACGGCCACGUUGGGGAGAUUCGUCGCCUUGUGUAUCGCGGCGUGGACCUGUGUGCCGCUGACGCGCACGGACGCAACGCCGUCUCCAAAGCUGGUAGUAAUCGUGUCAUUGAAGGCCUCUUUCUUCUCAUUGAAGCUGGCGUCCCCCACCUUCAUCACGGCCCCAUUCUGGCCUACCGCCGCCACCACAUCGGUUCACUGCACCCCUUGAAGCACUUGCUUGAAGAAAUCGCCUUUCAUGCUGACCCUGCUUCGACAAGCAUGAGUAACGAGGCAUUUGAGCAACGUCGCCGAGAGCUGCGCCAUCUGCUGGCCAGUCGUUUGGAGCGACCCUGUGAUCCGAAACCCUUGCCCCCGCUUUGGCCCAACGCUUGUGCCUCGCGCCUCAUUAAGCAGCUCAUCACCACACUCCGCGACCCCAACAUCGAGCCCCAGUGCUGCCUUGCUGCCCUCUGCGCGCUCGCCGAUCACAGCCUCACAAGCGCACGCCGUGCGGCCGUCGUCCUUCAACAUGACGCUCUUCCUCUCAUCUUGUCACAAAUGCGCCGCUUCACAAACCGUCUUGAUAUCUGCUACCAUGCGGUUCUCACCAUCUACGAGACCUUGCUCAAGGUCAAGGACGUAUCCACCCCAGGUCUUCUAAAUACCGCCGCCCAGUUCGACUCUAUGCUAUUGUGUGCCACUCUCGCAUUGGCCAACGCUCUCAGCCUCGGCCUGGCUCUGCGCACCUCGGGUACCAUGCCGUCUGUCGCCAGCAUCGAGUCGAAAGAGCAGUACGAGCGUCUUGCCCACGAUCUGGCUCACCUAGCCUCCCGGCUCAUCACCGAAUUGGCCUUGGUCGAGCCUACUCUCUUGAUUCAGCGUCUGCAGCUCGCUGAGCAGCAGCUACAGCUUCAACCUGACCAAAAUCUGCAUCCAGACGAAGUGUGCACUGGACACCUCGUGCGCUUUGUGAUUGCCGCCAUUCGCCACUUUGCUUCGCCAGAGAUCGAUCGCAUGGCUUUUUGGUUCCUUUUGUGCCUUUUACGCCAGCCUGCUCUGCCCGAGCACCAUUGCUCUUGGACCCAACUUGCACACAGCGUAGCCAGCGAACGCCGUGUGCACAGCCCCAAGGCCGAGGAAGUCUGGGUACUCUUGCACACCGCCGCCGCGUCGUCGUCUGGGGCCUCGAUCCAGCCGUCUGCCACCCCUGCCGACCCGCCUUGCAUGUCCGCUGCCCCAGCUGCUGUUUCUGCGUCUGGAAAUUCGCCACCUGAGAGCCCACCCUGCAGCAAACACGCGACAGGCUCACCGACACCAAAAGAUUUUGACAAGCACGUGGCCGCUUCAGCCCCUUCUAUUGUGAAUUCCCGUCACUCUUCGCCCUCGCCUGCCGCACAGGAUGUUCAGAGCUUCAAAUCCGAGCUGGCACCAGUAGCGCACCUGCAACCCAGCCCCUCUAACAAUCCGCUCGCGCCAGCAGCGGCUCAUUCAGCGAAAGUACCGAUCCCAGCGCAACGCGAGCCACCGGAAGCGGCGGAUCACCCACAGCCAGGUCGCCUCGAAGCGCAAAACCUUGGUGCAGAAGAGAUGAGCACCACACAGGACUGGCUGCGUGAGUUGGCCUGGGAUCCACAAAGUGACAUUCGUCAGGCUGCGUGUCGGGGCAAAGCUUCCGUUGUUGCCUCGGCUUGGAGCGGCGCUGUGGAGGUUGCCACCAAAGUGGGCAAGCGUGCGAUGCUUUACGACCUGUUGCGGGACUUGGUCUUGCCCGAUCACGACGGGAAGCACUCGUGUGCUGCAGCUGGCUCCUCCGGCAACGUGGCCAUUUGUGACACGCUGAUUACUCUGGCUGAGCGAGGCCUUGCCUUCAAGUAUCACGCCCUACCCCCGCGGUACGGUCGGCAUCACGUGGAGGCGCUGAAUCGCCACCAUGCUCACUUAGAGAGAUUGGCUGAGCUGGCGGGCCUGUUGUGCGACGACGAGGCCCGCCCUGGUCUAGCAGGGCCCCGGGCGGCGCUACGACAAGAGCGCGACACCUUGAUUGAUGAGCUUCGCGCUAACUUCAGUCCACCAAAGGCCAACCCGACGGUAUUGGAAUACCUGCAGCAGCAAAGUGUUGCUGGCGAUUUGGCGACAUUACGACGGCUUGUCCCGUCGUCAACCCACGGCAAGAUUUGCCCGUGCUGCACGGACCCCCUGCUCACCUUGUCCGAGGCCCGAGACGCUACUUCUUUGGCCUUGCCUGUGGUACGCUUGCCUUGCGGUCACUAUCAACACCUCCUUUGCGUGCAAGAUUGGAGCCUGGGCAAUCGAGCAACAUGUCCCGACUGCGACCGCGCACUGCCGCAUGCGUGGGGUCCACGCCCUCUGCCUCCCCAAUGCUCACCCGACCUCUUGGGCCUUCGCCUUUUGUUGGCCAUGCUUGCUGAUGAGAUGUCCUUUCCGGCCAUCGUCGCCAUUGCCUGUCGCCAACUCGCCGAUCAGAUGCUCACGUCCUCGCGACGUGCGAUGGAGAUGCUGGAAGAGGAUGGUCUCGCCGUCGUCUUUGCAGCGGCCGUGAUGCAUCCGCAUCAAGCUGCUGUCAUGUAUCAUGCCGCUUACUGUGCUUACGAGCUGGUCUUACGGGCCAAGGAACCCAGUGUACGCCGUCGCCUGGGUACCCGAGGCGUCGUGACCCAUCUCGUUGGCAUUGCCUUGCUUGCCAUUGCAAAUAGCGUUGGUUCAGAGCCCAAGCCUCCGCUGUGGUGCGACGUGGCUGAAAUGGCGACGCGGCUCGUCACGGAGGUUACAAUCCACUUUGGUGAGCAAGUGCUGGCCAUCUUUGUAUCGUCUCGCCCCGAUGACAAUCCGAUUGUCCAAGCCCUCGUGGGUGCUGACGGCAGCCAGGCUAUCAAAGCGUUUGGUUCGCUGCUUGCCCGAUACCGCGGCGAGCAGCGCGUGGAGCGGUUUGCUUUUUGGUUUUUCCUGGUCUUGAUGCGCGCGUCGGCGGGCACGCCGCUUCCGUCGUCCUGGCUUCGCACCAUGUAUCUCACGGCUGAAGCACGUCGGCAAGAGGAGAAGAAAGCCAACGAUGUGGUUACGCUCUUGCGGCGUUUGUAUCCGAGUGAGAUGCUUCGGGCCAUUGAACGGGACGAGGGACCCGUGGAUGAAGCGCUCGCUACCGUUUCUCUCUGGCGGCAAUUGCACCCACGCAACAUGCUGGGCAACACCAAUGGCCGCCGCUCGCUGCAGCCGGUGCAGCUUGCGAUCCGUCUCAAUGCUGCUUUGGUCAUGGGCUACGCGCGUUUGCUGGAUGUCGAUACUGCUUUGGACGCCCGUGAGGUUGAACACCAUCGUGCCGCGCUGGAGGAAUUGCACAUGCCCGACCGCCACGGUCGCCCGCUUAUCUCUGCCGCCCUGCGACGCCUUGAGCGGCAAAUGCCAGCGCAAGCUGCUGAUGCCGUGGCCGUGAUGCUGCAGCGCGGUGCCCCAUUGGCCUGGUUUGAGCCGGCUCCUCGCGCUGGCGUCAUACGACCGGCAUCCCUUGCUCCGCUCACCCCGCUGGUUGAUGUAUUUUUGUAUCAGCGGCGAGACGUGAGAUCGACACAUGACGCCAACUCCGCAGGUGGUCCCCAUUCCAACGAGGCUACAAUCACUCAUGGUCGAGGGUCUCAGGCAGGACCAGAAGACAUUCGCACGGCGGCCUCGGACCUCGUCCUUCCAACGUUUGCACCGGCCCAGCUCAUGGGGGCGCUUCGUAAUUGGACGUUGGACUCCCAAAGCAACGUGCCGCGCACCAUGGCGACGCUUGACCUCGCUGGCUUUGUCAACGCCACCCGCGCAGAAAACGCUGUGAACGCCGUCUUGUCAGCGGCGGCUCGGCGCGAUGGAGCUUCAUCCAUCUUUGCCGAAGCGCCUUGGACUCUCUCACGUCACUCGUGUGACGCUGUGACGGGUCUCAAUCUUGCUGAGCCCGCAACGGCUGGACCACGAGCGGCCCCCGGGUCAGCAGGCUUGGCAAGCCUCGUGGAAGACCACGACGUGAUGCUGAGCCGCGCUCGAGCCCCAGGCCAGGGCUCAUGCUCCCUAUACGGGCGCCGCUCGAGCGUGCAAGCGACGACAAUGGCAACAUCUAGUGCUGCGCUGAGUGCCGGGCCCAGCAGUCAAAACCUUCAACGCUACAGCAUGGAUCUGCAACUUGCCAGCACGCCAUCGCACGGUGUGGGCGAUGAACAGGUGGACCUGGCGGCCAGUACCGACAGCAACCACGAUGCUGAUGCCGAGGAGGCGCGGUGCCCGAGCCAGGCAAUGAUGGGGGAGAGCCAGGCUGGCAGUGAAGCGGAUGCCGGUAGCGACGAUGACGCAGAGCUGCUGGGGGCGCAAGCACCGCACGCCACCUCCUGGGCCGGCGAUGGAGAGGAUGAGAGCCCUGAUGAAGGAGUCAUGACACCGCCUGGAUACCAGAAGAUGUUGGACGAGGACCAUGCACACUUUGUGACGGCCGUUCGCGACCACUUGGGGUUAGCUCGACGUGAAUCAGACUCGUCCCCGUCCCUUCCUCCACCGCCCGCUAUUCAUGGCCGCUUUUUGCGGUUGGGGGUGGACGAACUGCUUGAACGACAGCGUCAUUGGCUUGGCAGCUGGGAUUUGGGUGUGCUUGAGGAAUCGGCCCAGAACGGGACCAUGGCGCACGGCAAGGAAGCCGGGAUCAUGACCUACCACUGCCGUGCGCUCGCCAAUCAGGUUAGCGUGUCGCGGGCUGCGCAGUCGGUACCCUUUUGUCGUUGGUUUUUCAAAAGCUUUGCUGCAGGGCUAGCUGUCGCUGUUAAUGCGGGUGAACUGUCUGUGAGCUUGCUCGUGGUUAUCUACCUGGCAGAGGGUCUCGAGACGCUCGGGCGGUGCGCUGUGCUGUUUCGCACGGCCGCAGCCGUCCAAUUUGAGGCGGCUCUCGUGUUGAAGGCUCUCCUCCUCUCUUUGGAUGGCACCUGGCCCACGCUGGCGCAUACGGUCCGAGAGUUGUUGAUGCUGCUCGUCUGCAUUCGUGAUAACGCGGGCGAGUAUCUGCAGGAGCAGUCUAAACAUGCAUAUUGGUGGCCCGUGCACACGCUCUGCGAUGAGAGUCUUCGACUCUUGCAGCAUGCUGCCAUGAUCAAUCCGGCUGUGUGCGACAUGAUUGAGCAGCUCUUGGCACGUCCUGACGACCUUGUGGCCAGCCAACCUCCCCAAAGCCCGCCCCAGGCUCACUCAGUGACACCCAAUGCCACGGCGUCGGGCCACAACCCCGAAAGUAGCGCCGCUUCUCCUUCUGCGUUGACGCGCACGUGCCACAGUGCCAACAUGGCGACCGAGCCCGAUGAGGUAGAGGCGCCUGAACAAACGCAGGCACCUGUGGAGGAUGCCACGGAAGAGACUCAGUCCCAUGUGGCGACCGCCGCGGCUGGUGAGAGUGCGUUGCAGCAGACAGACCUCCAGGCGCUGCCAGCGCGAACCUACCUGGACCGCACAGUGGUACCAGUGCUGCUGGAGGGCAUGGCCGUCUUGGCCAAGGAACGCCCUCCGAACCCGGUGGAAUUUCUGGCCGCCUUUCUGAUCAAGAACAAGGAUCAUCCCCAGACCAACGCAGACCCAGGCCCAGGCUGCCCGCCGUCCAGUGCAGCUGGUACCAACGGUGACUGCCUGUGUCCGCCUGCAACCGAAUGCACGGCGCCAGACAUUGCUGCCUGCCAGUUUGACGUGGAUGGCAGUGCCUAUUUUUCCGCUGCGAAUUGUCCUGACUGUACCUGCGAAGCCACGCCGGCCAUCCAUCGCAUUCUCUCGCCCACCUACGGCACGCGUUGUUUCCAAAGCGCCGAAUGCCGCCUGACUUGGUCCUCCUCUACCCUGGUGACAACUGUGCACAUCAAACUGGGCCUUCAAGAUGAAGCGAUGGUGGUUCCACCGACGAUCGAUGUCGUCUACACUCCGAUCAAGGACGAGCAACUGUAUCGUGGACAAAGCUACACCAUUGCUUACCAGGCGUCAAACAGCGUGACUCGGGUGAAUAUCUUCCUCUACCAAGCCGAGGCGGAUAAUUAUGCUCGACUCCACUAUGUUACCCACGUCGCCAUCGAUACUCCCAACACUGGCACAUACACCUGGCUGGUCCCGAUCAGCCCAACAGAGUGCACGCCAUGCCCCCUAGGCCAUCACACGGCUGAGAGAGGAGCACAGUCGACUGCUGACUGCCGAGCCAAUGCAACGACAUCGCUGGACCAGUUUCGACGCUACGCCCACCACUACAUUGCCGGUGCAAAUGCAGGUGGAGUACGCAUGGAUACAGUAGAUCACGUCACCCCGGAAGAAUGCGCAAAGCUCUGCUUGGCAGACGCAGGUUGUAAAUCGUUUGAUGCCGGCGUUGUUGGUCAAUUCCAAGAGGGCGAUUGCAUGCUGAGUUACGAUUCCAAGGACACGACAAGCCCUGGUGCCUUUCAACCCAUCUCGCAGCUGGACCACUAUGAACGCGUGUCAUUUGCGGGCACGGUUCGGCAGGCAGCCAGCGGACUGGAGAUUCAGGGUCAAUUUGGCACUGAGGGGGGCAAGUUCUCGCUAACGCGAGCCUGUCAGGCGGAGGAAAACCCGGACAAACCGUUCGUCGUCGAUGACGUAUGGUUGGGAAGCAUGUCUUGCACCCCGGCCACCACCAACGAAACCAUGUCCCUCGCGUCUGUGGAACGCCUUGAGCUCUUGGUCACGGCUGUAGCUGGAACAGAGGUCCAGUUUACCGUUGACUUUGACUCUUCGGGAGGCGUGGGUUUGUUUGCGGCUGCUGCCGUCUACGAUGCCACCGCCCCUUGUCGUGGACUUGCCAUCCAGCCAAAGCCAGACGCCUGGAUAAGCCGUCCGACUGACGCGGUGGCUGCUUUCCAGCUAUCUGCGACGCUUUCUACGGGUGGUGAUCGUCUUACGGGGCAGAUUUCUCUCAACAAACAUUGUGCUUGCUUGGGCGGAGCCUCUGGCAUCGGCGGCCACUGUGAUUACUGGGCUGGUAGCGCAGAACGCUGGUGUUACGUGAGUGAGUCGUGUCCAGAAGCCGAACCAGAAGCCCCAACAGCCGGCGAUGAGCAACUGCGCUAUCGGCGUGUUUGCCGUGCUCAGGAUGCGUGUGGGGCAUUUGAGCUUCAACGCACCUGCGCCAGCACCUCGCUCUCCUGCCAACCAGGAUAUACGCUUUUCGCUGGCCACUGCUACCGUUAUGAUAACGAGUCGCGGUCUUUUGCUUCCGCCCAAGCAGCUUGUGCAAGUGAGGACGCCGUACUUGCCUCCGUUCACUCGGCUGCGGAGAACGAAGCAGUAACCGCCCUUGCAGAAGCACCAGCUUGGCUGGGCUUGCACCGAGUGGACGCGGAAAGCCUCUACCACUGGGUCGAUGGGGCUGACAACAAGACGGAUGGUUUACUUACGGAUACCUUCUGGGCCAGAGGAAGUCCGAGCAGUGGCACCCCAGGGGCUCGCUGUGUCUAUUUGAACGCAGUCGGUUUUUGGGUGGAUGCUGAGUGUAGCGUUGCUCGUGGUGCCAUAUGCGAAGCACCUGCAGUUGGACUGAACCAGUCUUGCGCCUGUCGCGGCCAUUCUGACGACCAAGGCUUUGGUGCCAGCUGUCAGGACUGGGAUGGUUCAGGCUUUGCAUGGUGCUACGUCCAGCCUGGCUGCCGGCGUGCAACACAACUUGAUGAUCACGAGGAUUGGAUUCUCAUUUGUCGUGCUGAGGAAACCGAGCCUGUGGAGCCGAACCCAAACAGCACAGCCUGCUUUGCGCAAAAUUCGAGUACUUAUCAACGCGACGAUGGCGUGUGUGCGCCUUGUACAACAGCGGAUGCAUGCUUGAGGAAUGAAACUCUGAUUGGCUCGUGUUCUAAAGACACAUCGCCCAUCUGCUUUCCGUGCCACCCAAGCUGCAGGACGUGCACGGGUAUCUCAAGCACCGAUUGCGUGGCGUGUGCCACCGGUCUUGUGUUUGCACCGGACCAAGGCACCUGCGUGACAACGUGCGCCAUGGGCCAGUACCCCAACGCGACCCUUGCGAGUUGUCUUCCGUGCCAUGAGGACUGCGUUAGUUGUAGCGGAGCAGGUCCUGACCAAUGCCUCAGCUGCCGAAACGACCUGGUGCUUAGCACGGCGGGCACCUGUAUGGACCACUGUGCGGCCGGUACUUUCACCGAGAAUGCCACGGCUACGUGCCGGGUCUGCACUCCUUGCGCAGCCACUGAAUAUCAGGUGGAAGCCUGCGGUGCCUAUCACGAUCGACAGUGUGCGGCUGUGAGCACGUGUGCGCCAGACGAAUUUGAGGUCAUUGCCCCCACAGCGACGUCGGAUGCUGUGUGUCGUACUCUCAGCAUCUGUCGCCCAGGUACGGUGAUGGCCUUCCCUGGCAACAAGACCAGCGACCGCCGGUGUGUUUCUUGCCCAGCUGGAACCAGUGAUGAGGAUGCGGACCCACUUACGGCCUGCAGUUUGUGCGCACCCGGCACUUAUGCUCGUGCGGGCACGAUUAGUGACUGCAACAUGUGCAUGCCUGGAAGCAGCGACGAUGACUAUGAUCCAGCAACACCAUGCGCGGCAUGCCCCCCCGGCACGUACAGCAAUGCACAGUACCACGUUGGCGCGUGCCUGACCUUGACGCCAUGUGGAGUUGGACAACAAGAGAUCCUGGCACCUGAUGCGGCCCGCACGCGGGAUCGCCUCUGUGCCAGCUGCCCCGCUGGUACCUUCAAGUCCAGCCCGAAUCAGAAUGUGUCGUGCCAAACCUGGACCACCUGCACAGCAGGUGAGGAGCCCCAAAACGUACCGACAGCUCGGACAAACCGCCAGUGUGGGGCUUGCAGGGCAGGCUUCUUCAAAACUACAGCUGGCAAUGAAGCAUGUCAACCGUUCCAAACAUGCGGGCUUGGCAUGGAAAUCGCGCGCAAUGGCUCUGCGUCACAGAAUGUUGCUUGCCGUGAGUGUCCCGUGGGCACAUUUAAUGAUCAUGUUGGUGGGUCAUGCCGCAAGCGACGCACCUGUGCGCUUCCGUGGCAGCGAUAUGCUUUUAUGGGAUCCAGCAGUGCCGACGCUGUUUGCGUGGAACUGCGCAACUGCAGCCGCAAUGAGUUUGAGUCGGUGGCGGCCACAUCAAGUACCGAUCGUCGUUGUCAAACGUUGACGGCCUGCGGGGCAAAUGAAUGGGAAGAAUCUGCGCCCGCGGAAGGCCCACAUGGGUUUUAUGUUCGUGACCGCCACUGUUUGGCCUGCACCAACUGUUCGCAGCUUGCGACAGAGCAGCUUGCAGCCUGCACGGCUACACAUGAUGCCGCCAACGAGUACGAGGUGUCCCCGUGUCGGCAAAGCGCCGACCGCUCGGCAACGGGAGACCGCGUUUGCGCUUCAGUGUCCACGUGCCCCACCGGCACGUUUGAAGUGGAGCCCGCCACCAACUUUUCAGAUCGGAUGUACGCGCGUUUUACGUUUGAGCAAUUUUUCCCUGUGUGCUUUGUGACUGUUGAGGAAGCGCCGUUCCCCGCGUUCAAGUCAACCGUUACAUGUGUCUUUGAAGCUGCACUCCUCUGA